UUAGCUUAGUGUAUUCUAUUCACAUAAGUUUGCCAUUUUACAUAAUUUAGCAAUAUGUACGUGCUUAAUUUUCAUAACUUCUUGCCAUCCCACAAAAAUGAAGAAACAUGUCUGUCCACACUGCAGCUUGGCUGCCAUUAGGAGUUAUCCUGUAGAUCAGUAUAUUUGUUUUUUUUUUUUACUUUGAUUAAAUGUUUCUCAUUAUUUUGUAUAGAAAUUUAGCAAUAUGUUCUCUUUAGUUUUUUUUCAUGUAGACAAAACUAGUAAGCAUGGCGGACAAGAAACCUGCUCAAACUUCUAGCAAGAGGGUUGCAGACAAACAAAUCAACAAGGAUCACCCUGAGCAUAAUGACAACUCAUCGUAACAAGAGACAGGAACAUUUAAGAAAGCUAGUGAGGAAGUGAUGGCAACCCGAGAGAUUGUAAAGGUUCAGAAUCAGCAGCCGUCAAUAGCUCCUACUUCUAAUCUUUUCUCUGCAAUUAUAUUCAAGCCAAGUGAUUCCACUGUUCAAGCAAGUAUGGCAGUCUCAGAGUCUCCACCUUCUGAUGUUAGCAAUGGCAGUGGGAAAAAGUCGGAUGCAAAAAACAAGUCCAGUGCCGUAACUGAAGCACCGUCUGAAGAACACAACGAAGAUAAUAGCAAGACAUCUGGAAUCGAGGGCAAAACAGAAGAUGGAGAUGCUAUAGAGAAGGCAGUAGAUGAAGCUAGAGGUGAAGGUAAAACCGGCAACGAUGAUGAUGAGAAUAAAGAUGAAGCUGAAUCAGGGGCCAAGGAUGGAUCAUCUGAUAACAAAGGGUAGUCAUC